AUGGCAGAGAGUGCGGUGAAUUUUCUUUUGCAAAGGCUUGUGCCUGUAUUUGAGAAUAAGGUGUAUUUGCUCACUGGGGUGAUGAAGAACUCAAAGUUUGGGUUAAGCAGGAACAUGAAAGCUCGUUAUCGGAUUGCUCAUGAGUUGAAAAACAUCAGCUCUCGCAUGACAACUAUUUUUUCAAUUCAUAAGAGACUCAUCACAAAACUUGACACUUCUUCGGAAGCUUCAAACUCCAUUUAUACAGGUAAAACAUGGCAGGAUCAACGAGGAGAUGCUCUUCUCCUGGACAACACUGAUCUAGUGAGCAUAGACAGGCCGAAGCAAAAGAUGAUUGGGUGGUUGACUAAAAGUUGUCCUGGACGCAAAGUAAUUUCCGUUACUGGAAUGGGAGGGAUGGGGAAAACUACUUUAGUUAGUUAA